GACGGACGAGCUUCUCUUCUGUCGCUCUCUUCAAGCCCCUUUUCCUUUUAGACUUUGGAAUCGCGUCAUACCUGUCUUUGCGCCCAGGCAAGAAAGAGCGUCUUUGCGACCCGAGGCCCCUGAGAGUCAGCAUCACUCUGUUCAUCUUGGUCCAUAAGCUGCGUCGAGCCAAAUCCAUCGAUCCGGCCUUCCACGCAGCAGGUCACAAUGAGGCUUCGAAGUCGCAAAUCGCCGCUCCUCCUCCUCCUUCUCCCUUCACUCGCAGUCGCCGCCGUCGCUGCCAGGAAUUUGGACGGGAACUCGGUCGCUGCGUCGAAUAGUGUGUCGUCCGGGAGGCAAUAUGGCACCAAAGACGCGCCAGUCGAUGGCAAUGACGGAAAGCCGCACUCUGGUCCGUUCGUCGAGCUCGAUUCGGGAUCCGAGCCCGCGAGUGACUUGCCCGCUUUACAAGGCCGCCCCGAAGACCCAUUGACCGUCGAUGGGAAGAGAAUACCUCAGAGAAAUGAUGGCGUGAUGGACGACAAGCACCGGUCGGGACCCAUAAAGGGCACCAAGGGAACCGAAGGAGGUGUUAGCGAAAGGGACAAGGACAGGGCGCUCAGGGAAAAGCAGACCGGUGAAAAGGUUGAAAAUAAGCCGCCAACGCCCAAAGAAGCGCCCCCGUUGCCGCAUACGGACGAAGACAGAAUUCAUGUCGCCAGCGAAGGUAAACACGGUGACAAGUCCUCGACUGACGUUUCUGGCCUCAAGAAGCCGGCCGACCUCCCUGACAAGAUUCACAACAAGGCGCCACCAGUCCCAGCGUCAGCUGCAAACAAUGAGCAUCUGGAAGCGUCGAAAGGCGGUAAGCCAGAGAAGAGCACCGGGCCCGAGGUUGAUGGCGGUGAAGGCCUUAUCCAACCGUUACACUCGUUCAUGCUGUCUCUCACCAUGAUCAUCUUCUCCGAAAUUGGUGACAAGACAUUUCUGGUUGCCGCCCUCAUGGCUAUGAAGCAUGACCGAUUAGUGGUGUUCUCGGCUGCUCUCGGCGCAUUGGUUACCAUGACGGUCCUUUCGGCCGUCCUGGGGCACGCGGUACCUACGCUGAUUCCGAAGCGCCUGACGACGUUCCUCGCCUCGGUUCUGUUUUUGAUAUUUGGCGCCCGCCUGCUCCGCGAAGGACUCGCCAUGAGCCCUGACGAGGGCGUGUCCGCUGAGAUGCAGGAGGUGGAGAUGGAGCUGGAGGAGAAGGAGAAUCUUGCGCGGAAACAGGGCCGAAGAGGGUCCAGCGUCUCGCCGCAUGCCCUGGAAAUGGGCUUGGGCAGCCGCAAACCGCGAACCAAGUCUCGGUUCCCCACGCCGCCUCGCAGCCCGUCAAGCUCGCCCGAGGGACGGAGCCCGUCACCACGUCCAGGAGUCCUUGUAGGGUUUCUCUCGGGGCUCAACAAUCUCGUCUCGCUACUCCUCAGUCCCGCUUGGGUCCAGACGUUUGUCAUGACCUUCUUGGGCGAAUGGGGUGACCGCAGUCAGAUCGCGACCAUUGCCAUGGCGGCAGGCCAGGACUACUGGUGGGUGACACUGGGCGCUAUCUUAGGCCACGCCUGUUGCACAGGAGUCGCUGUCAUUGGGGGCAGGGCCAUUGCAGGCAAAGUGAGCCUCAAAGUUGGUAAGUCGAUGUCCCUCCGGCCUCCGGUGCCGCAACGCAUCUAAUUCACAGGCCUAGUCACUGUCGGCGGCGCGGUUGCCUUCCUCUUCUUUGGCGUCAUCUACCUCUUCGAGGCUUUCUACUACUCAUAAACGAAUCAUUCAACAAACUCGAAGCUUGGCUGUGCCAGUUAAUGAGCG